UUAUCACAGAUAAUCCUUUUUUUUUGCCCUCAUGAGUCCAACCUUGCGAUUCUAACGGUCAGUACCCCUGUGGCCACUGGUCUUGUGAUUCAAGCUGACUGAAUACCCGCCCGAUCGCGCUACACCGGCUAUCCCGGAAACAUAACCGGUUGACUAUAUAUAGGCCAUGGGCAAUUGACCUCAGCACACCACCUUCGUUUCCGCUUGGUCUUCGAAAUGCCCUACGAUUUAGCAAAGGCUGUAGGAUUCUCACUACCUGAUCGAGAGGUUGCAUGGAACAAGCGGGACCUACUGACGUAUGCAGUGGGUGUAGGGGCGAAAAGUGAUGAUUUCUCUUACAUCUAUGAACUCGACCCGAAAUUCUCUGCCCUACCAACAUAUCCUGUCGUCUUGGCUUUGAAAGGCGCGGAACAAGAUGUCAAUUUGUUUGCCUCAAGAGCGAAAGGCAGUGUCCAUGCGCCGGGUAUACCUCCAAUGGAUCCAAAUAAGAUGCUUCACGGGAGCCAAUCCAUAGAAGUUUUAAAAAAGCUUCCUUUGGUGAGUGGACCGGGCUGGAAAUGGACGUCGAGAUACACCGGUAUCUCGGAAAAUAAGAGUGGCAUUGUCAUAACUAUGGAAAAUAUGCUCGUUGAUCCAAAUGGUGUACCUUACGCGAGACUUUAUAGUUCCACGUUCAAUCUCGGAGCUAAAGCAAACGGAACGAGCUUUACUAAAGUCAUCGCCAGUGCCCCUGUAGCAAAGGCCGCCCCAAAAAAUCGCAAACCUGAUUGGAUAAUUACAGAUCAGACGUCACCGGAACAGGCCAUCUUGUUCAGGCUUAGUGGGGACUAUAACCCGCUACACGUCGGUGAGACGCAUCCAUCGCCGUAUUCUCCUGUACUCACAUAUCGUGGUGUAGACCCCUCAAUUGGACACGCGGCAGGGUUCGGAGGAGUAAUCCUCCACGGAUUGUCGACAUAUGGAUUUGCUGCUGGGGGGCUCAUUAAGGCAAUAGCUAAUAAUGACCCUGAUGCGUUGACCCUGUUUGGGGUGAGGUUCACGUCGCCGGUGAAGCCGGGUGACGCGUUGGAGACUCAUGCUUGGGAGAUCGGGCCUGGGCCUCACGGGACGACGGAAAUUUCUUUUAUAACCAAGAAUGUCACCACUGGAAAGAUCUCUCUUGGCUCUGGUAUUGCGUACAUCAAGAAAUCGGAGAAAAGCAAGCUGUAGGUAGAAGCAUCAAAAUUGUAUCGUAUGCUCGUCCUUCAGAUUCCCACCUUUGUACUGUACGCUAAUUGUGUUCACAUCACAUGUUAGCUUUCGCAUAUCAAAAAAAUACUUCCCAAUUACUUUGAUUAAUUCAGGUUUACUCAACGUAUACAUUCCUCAAGUAUCAUUUGUUAUUCAUCGAGUUCAAAAUCCAGCACUAUCGUUGUUGUUUAAAAAUUGGUACAGCGGCUUUUGGCAAUACGUCUGACUUCUCUUCAUAUCUACUGUACCUUUCCCAUUCCCUAAGCAUGAUACAGCUUUAAAAGGCUUUUACUGUGUGGUCGCGCCUUCCUGGCUUCGCAAUAUUCUCCCGCGAUCCCACAUUGCAUCGGCUUCAAUAUAGCAGCCCUUU